UAAUUGUGCGACAUAGUUGUAGAACUUGUUUCGUGCUCGUUUGGUCUUGCUUGGACGAAAAGUGCUCGGUAGCUAGGUUAGCCUGUUAGCAUUAGCCUCAGAUUCCAGUUAUGUUUAUGGUGGUAGUGCACUUUGCUAUGAGUUUAGCCAUUUGGAGACAGCACGCCCGCAGACAAGUGAGCACCGUGAAGGCGCUGACGGAUAUACAUAGCGAAGUGAACCAUAACCAAAGCAGCAAACCAGGGUGUAUUAUUAGGUAGUGCAUGGUGGUGUUAGUAGCUUACUGUACAUGUUACUUGGUAAGCUGGCUCUCAUGGGAGCACAUGAAGAGGACACUGUGCAGCUGCAGACAGUGACGAGGCCAGUGGUUCUUCAACAAGAACAUGGAGAAGAUGUCACGGGUUACCACAGCCCUUGGCAGCAGUUCCAUCAGUGGUCAAACUAUGUUCUGCCACCUGGACGCUCCUGCCAACGCCAUCAGCGUGUGCCGUGACGCCACGCAGGUGGUGGUAGCCGGCCGCAACAUCUUCAAGAUCUACGCGCUGGAGGAGGAGCAGUUUGUGGAGAAGCUGAAUCUGCGCGUCGGCCGCAAACCCUCUCUCAACUUCAGCUGUGCGGAUGUGAUGUGGCACCAGAUGGAGGAGAACCUGCUGGCCACGGCGGCCACCAAUGGGGCGGUGGUCACCUGGAACCUGGGGAAACCCUCUCGUAACAAACAGGACCAGCUUUUUACUGAGCACAAACGUACUGUCAACAAGGUGUGCUUCCACCCCACAGAGGUUUACAUGCUGCUAAGUGGCUCACAGGAUGGCUUCAUGAAGUGCUUCGACCUGCGUAAAAAGGAGUCGGUCAGCACUUUCUCAGGUCAGUCAGAGAGUGUAAGGGACGUCCAGUUCAGCAUGAAGGAUUAUUUCACGUUUGCUGCAUCCUUUGAGAAUGGUAACGUCCAGCUGUGGGAUAUCAGGCGGCCGGACCGCUAUGAGCGAAUGUUCACCGCCCAUACUGGCCCUGUGUUCUGCUGCGACUGGCACCCUGAUGACAGGGGAUGGCUGGCCACUGGGGGCAGGGACAAGAUGGUGAAAGUGUGGGACAUGACCACAAACCGGGCCAAGGAGAUCUACUGUGUCCAGACAAUUGCCUCAGUGGCGCGGGUCAAGUGGCGGCCUGAGAGGAAGUUUCAUUUAGCCACCUGUUCCAUGAUGGUGGACCACAACAUCUACGUGUGGGAUGUCCGCAGACCUUUCAUUCCCUUCGCCACAUUUGAGGAACACAAGGACGUGACCACUGGUAUUGUGUGGCGCCACCAGCACGACCCUCAUUUUCUGCUCUCUGGCUCCAAGGACAGCACCCUUUACCAGCACAUGUUCAAGGACGCCACCCGUCCCGUGGAUAAGGCCAACCCCGAGGGUCUGUGCUUCGGACUGUUCGGCGACUUGGCCUUUGCAGCCAAAGAAAGUCUGAUCAGCAGUGACGCCAACAGAAAGCCUUACCCUGGGGGCGAUCGCCGCUACCCCAUCUUUUUCUUCAAGAAGCCCGACCCGACAGAGCAGUUUGCACAUGUGUCCAGCGCCCUCAGCGUCUUUGAGACAGACUUGGACAGCAACCGCAUGGACUGGUUUGUCAAGACAGCACAACUCUACCUCCUCUGUGGGAAGCCGUUUGCUGAGCUGUGUGAUCACAACGCCAAGGUCGCCCGGGAGCUCAAAAGACCGCAGGUUUCCACAACAUGGACCAUGUUGAGAAUCAUGUUCUCUGACCCAGCAAACCUCACAACGCCCGGUCUAAACCACAGCCUCAGUAAACUGGGCACUUUGCCUUUAAUGAACAGUUUCAACAUGAAGGAAAUGAGUUCAGGGAUGGGCACAGAGAGCAGGCUGGAGCGCAGUAAAGGUGAGAGCAGGCAGGACAACAUCCACUUAGAGCCUGGAAACUCGCACAUCAGCAAUAAUAAUGAAGAAAACGAGGAGACAGAGGGUAGCGAGGGCCAGGCGGAGUAUAUGUUCGGCGAUGCUGAGUUAGAUGACGAUGACCUCUACUCUGUGGAGCACGACAACCAAACAGAAGAGCAGGAGUACACGCUGCCCCAGGAGGCCUUCCAGCUGCGCCAUGAGAUCAUGGAUAACCCGUCUGCUCCGGAGCACCUUCAGCAGGACAAGGCCGACUCCCCGCACGUCAGCGGCAACGAGGCAGAAGUCACUUGUCUGACACCCAUUGAGUCCUUCUCGCUCAUCUCCAUUUCCCAGCCGCUGUUCAGCCCACAUCUGCCUGCCAGCUUCUUCUGUCCCAUUGUGAGGGAGAUGCUGAGCUACUACGCCGAGCAGGGCGACGUGCAGAUGGCUGUGUCUGUGCUCAUCGUCCUGGGCGACCGGAUCCGUAAAGAGAUUGAUGACCUCACUCAGGAGCACUGGUACAUGUCCUACAUCGACCUGCUGCAGCGAUUUGAGCUGUGGAACGUGUCCAAUGAGGUCAUCAAGUUGAGCACGUGCAGCGCCAUCACCUGCCUAAACCAGACGUCUACGACGCUCCACAUCAACUGCAGCAACUGCAAGCGGCCAAUGAGCAACAAGGGCUGGAUUUGUGACAGGUGCCACCAGUGUGCCAGCGUGUGCGCAGUGUGCCACCAUGUGGUGAAGGGACUGUUUGUGUGGUGUCAGGGCUGCAGCCACGGCGGACAUCUGGAGCACAUCAUGAACUGGCUCAAGAGCAGCGCCCACUGCCCUGCUGGCUGCGGCCACCUGUGUGAGUACACCUGAGCACAUCACAAGCACUGUUCACACAGCUGGUGCUCUGUGGGAGUGGGAAUCGGUCCUCACACCGGCCUGGAUCACACACACCGCAGACAAACAGGGAUGUCUGCAUUCCUCUGCGUGGGCCUGGAGUCUUUUGUCACUGUGGAAAGGACGGUUUUGUGUGUGUUUGUUUGAAGUGAGAUAAGUCACAAGUCUGAUAUAAAGGAGGAUGGGGGUUAUAUGUGCUCUCCUGGACAGCCUUUAAGAGCAAACAUUCACAUUUUAACUGUUGAAUUUGUACAUAAACAGAUGCUACAUUAGCUAUCAAAGAAUAUAACAAUAUUUUUUGUGAAUUCACACUCACAGCAUUUUACAUGGUUUUUAAACACCUCAGUGAAACCCUGAAGGCUGUACAGGAACAUCUGUAUGUUCAUCUUAAGUGUAUUGUUAAUGUUUGUACAUAAUGCUAUAUCUUAUUUUGAAGGACUGUAGAUAAUGUUAAAUUAAUUUAUAUGAGAAAUAGCUCUCUAUUAAAACGAUACAUUAAAGCAAUACACUUGAAAUUGU